AACAUGGGAUCGGUGACCAACGUCAGCUCCACCUUUCUGCUUCUAGGACUUGUGGAGAUGGAAAAAGUUAAGCAUCUAUACUGGUUUCUGUCCUUCAUCGUGUAUGGGUUCAUCAUGCUUCUGAAUUCAACUAUCGUGUUUCUGGUGUUGACUGAUCGAAGCCUUCAUGAGCCCAUGUACAUCUUCAUUUCUAGCUUGAUCCUCAAUGAGAUAUUCGGGAGCUCAUCAUUUUUUCCCAAAUUACUGAUUGACUUGUUGAUGUCCACGAAGACAAUCUCCUUAGUAGGUUGUUUAGUUCAGUCCUACUGUCUCCUUUUUUGUGCCUACAUGGAAAUAGCCAACUUCACUCUCAUGGCGUAUGACCGGUUUCUGGCUGUUUGUCACCCAUUGAGAUACCGCAACCUGAUGACUAAUGAGAUGGCUGUUAAACUCAUAAUUGUAUGCCUGAUCUUUUCUGUAACUGCCGUCUCCAUCGGCAUCAUGCUAACCGCAAGGCUUUACUUUUGCGGAAACCAAAUCCAAAAUAUUUUCUGCGAUAAAAUGUCCUUAGUAAUCCUCUCCUGUGGGGACACAACCUUAAAUAAAGUGCAUGGAGAGUCCGUGUGGAGCACUUACUUAAGUUUGACCACCUCUGUUAUAGUCUUUUCAUACCUGAAGGUUUAUUUUAUAUGCGUCAAGCUUUCUAAGGAAUCUCGAAAGAAAGCAGUCCACACCGUGAUGACCCACAUAAUCAGUUUUUCGGUUUUCAUGAUGGGAAUUUUGUUUGUUUUCAUUCGUUAUAGAUUGAAUGGCCAUAAACUUCCUGUCACUGCUCAUAAUAUUAUAUCAGUUGUUGGCUUGGUCACCCCUCUAUUAUUUAACCCUCUGAUCUAUGGAAUAAGAACUAAAGCCCUGAAGGUGAAACUGAUUCAACAUCUCCAGAAACUACAUCUGUUCCCCACAAUAUAUGGAGCCAAGAAAGUCAAUAACAGUAGAACUGGUUGA